UCACAUCAGACCAUGAUCAUGUGACUAGAGAGACUGAAUCUCCUUGAGGUGACUACUGCUGCGAACCAGGAUCAAAGGAAAGACAAAGAGCCCCCGACUCUUUUUUAAUUUUAUCCAAGGAGAACACCAAACCGUAUGAUGACCGUCUGAAACAAAAGGAGGGGAUGGCACAGAAAGAUACGCUGCUUAAUCUGUUCGCCGGGGGGUGUAGUGGAACGGUGGGAGCCGUCGUGACAUGUCCUCUGGAGGUGUUAAAGACACGACUGCAGUCCUCCAGCCUGGCCCUCCGGCCCGUCUUCCAGGUCCAGUUGGGUACGUUAAGUGGAACUGGUGUUAUCCGACCGGGGACUGUCACACCAGGGCUGCUACAGGUUCUUCGAUCAAUUCUUGAAAAAGAGGGACCAAGGUCACUUUUUCGUGGUCUGGGGCCAAACCUGGUUGGUGUGGCUCCCUCAAGGGCAAUUUAUUUUACUGCAUACUCCAAAUCUAAAGAAACACUAAAUGGACUGCUUGUUCCAAACAGUGGACUGGUCCACAUGUCUUCUGCAGGGAUUGCAGCCUUCAUUACGAACUCUCUGAUGAAUCCCAUCUGGAUGGUCAAGACUAGGAUGCAGCUGGAGAAAAAAGCCAGAGGAGAGAAGCGGUUGAAUGCACUACAGUGUGCCCGCUAUGUUUACAAUACUGAAGGGAUCCGCGGUUUCUACAGAGGCCUGACUGCGUCAUAUGCGGGAAUCUCGGAAACCAUGAUCUGCUUCCUCAUUUACGAGACACUGAAGAAACACCUCAACCAAAACCAGUACACCUCUCCAAGUAGUGAAAAAGAGAAAGGAGCAUCGGAUUUCCUUGCUCUGAUGGUGGCAGCUGCAUUUUCAAAAGGGUGUGCGUCCUGCAUCGCCUACCCUCAUGAGGUCAUAAGGACGAGGCUGCGAGAAGAAGGCAGCAAGUACAAGUAUUUCUUCCAGACAGGAAGGUUGAUAGCUGUAGAGGAAGGCUACGCAGCUUUUUACAGAGGACUCGUUCCACAGCUGAUCAGACAAAUCCCCAACACAGCCAUCGUCUUGUCCACUUAUGAACUCAUUGUCCACCUGCUUGGGGAUUCCAAGUGAAUCCAGAUUUUAUAAACUGAGCAACAGACUUUUGUACGAAACGUAGCACAAACUCUGAUUUGAAGUGGUGCAGCAGACACUUGUACUGAAGGAACUGAAGAGGGAUGUACUGUUAUCCAAAGAGCUGAACAGAUUAUUUUAUUGUUGUUUUUUGGUAAGAGUUUAUCUGGAAAAAUUUCAAGAAAUUGUGGUAUUUACUGAAGCUCGAAACCUGUGAAACAAAGGUCAUGGACUUAGAAAACUGGCGUUAAGUCAACUAAGUUAUUUUGUGUUAUUUUAUAACUAUUUUAUCAUUUGUAAAUGUCUGAUCUCACACGUGUUGCCUCAUUUAGUUCUAAUGAAAGUUUGUGCAGAUAAUAAUGCUGCUGUUCUUUAAUGACCACAGACCAUGCUUGAGAUUUAUGUUCACAGAUAUGUGCUGUUUUUGGAUGACAGAAUUAUUAUAUUUUUCAUUUAUAUAUAUCUUCUCUAUGUAUAAAAUAGUAUAUAUACAUUUACAGACUUGUCUGUACUUUGUUUGUGGAAAAAAACGAGUCAACCUUUUCAUAAUAAUGACAUUUGACCAGUGGUUAAAUAAAUGUCAUUAAGAAACGACAGAACCCACACCUUAAUUUUGUGGUCGACUGAUUUUAAUGCAGAAAACUUUGAACGCAGUUUAACGCAUGAGCAGAACGAUGUGCACUGAACAUCCAAUAAUUCUGCUGUACAUCCACCUUUAACUUCUCUAAUACACAGUCAAUACACAUUUUUUCAUACACACACACUGCAGAGUUCGUUUCAUCAAAGAUCACUUUCAUCAGACCAGCUUCAUCAAACUCAGGGCACUAAGUACGUCUAUGGCUGACGAGCUGACUGACAUAUUUGCCAAAUUGAUUGUGAGGAAUUGUACAAUUAAGGAAUUGUAAUUCAUCUUGAUUAAUUGUGAUUAGAUGAUCACAUUUAAUUGUGAUUAAUUCACAGAUGAAGUUAUUUGACAACUCUGUACUUGUAAUUUAAAAUAUUCACUGAUUCUUAAAAAAUGUGUAGGAAAUAUUUCUCUUGGUACUAGGGUAAAGAAAAAUUUGGAGAACAUGGUAGAUUCAGAUGUUUGGAUUUUGCAUGAACCCACACAUAUGUUUCAUAAAAUCCAAAUACAUUAAAAUAAUUGCUGUGUAUAUCCAAUUUAUUUGUGUGUUGUGUGUGUGGAGGAAUGUAUUUAGAUGCAUUCUGUUACUAAAAUCUAAAAACUCUUGUUCAAAA